UUCUUUAGCUAAAGAACAACAACCAGAAGGUUGCAAAUACUGUUUCACAAAUAAUAAACAGAGAAAAAAGAAAAAUUCUGUUGGUUGGUACCCAAGAAUGAAAUUUAAAGUUUCAUCUAAAGAUCUUUCUGGUCAAACUGCUAUUACGGUUGAAAUAGAUGACAAGUUGCCAAAGAAGUACCAAAAGAGGUUGCCUGAUGAUUACUGGAAUUUUAUUCCGAAGAAGGAUUCAGAACAAGAAGACAGCUGUCUGAAACUAAAUAGAAUGGUUCUAUCACAUGCUCAGGUUCGCAAUUUGUUGAAAAAUGUUGAUCAAAGGUUCAUUGAAAAAUUUAUUGCAAGGAAAGAUGCACUUUUCCUUACUUGUUUCCCUAUAACGCCGAAUAGUCAUCGUGUGACAGAAGUUAUACAUGGGUUAUCAAAUGGAAAGCAAUUGAUGUUUGAUCAACGGACAAGGGCUUACAAGAAACUGGUUGAUUUCAGAGGCAAAUCUAAUGAAUUGAGUUCUCUUGUUCAUCAUUGCUUAAAAAUUUCAAAGCUACACUUAGAAAAGUCUACUGGUAAAGAUCUUGUUGAUGACCAGAGAAAGAAGAAUAUUGAUGUUUCCUAUAGCUCUGGUUUAAGAUGGAUCAAAGAUGUUGUUCUUGGGAAGCGAAAUGAUCGUUGUUUUCGCAUGGUUGUCACUGGUGACCCUAAUAUCAAGCUUGGUGAAAUUGGAAUUCCCUGCCAUGUUGCGGAGAGGUUACAAAUUUCUGAACAUUUGAACACUUGGAAUUGGGAAAGACUGAAUGCUUGCUCCAGCUUAUGUCUUCUUGAGAAGGGGGUGCUAGUGGUUCGUAGAAAAGGUUGCCUUACUCCUCUUCAUCGUAUUAAUGCACUCCGACUCGGGGACAUCAUUAAUAGGCCCUUAAGUGAUGGGGAUGUUGUGUUGGUAAAUAGGCCACCCUCCACACAUCCACACUCCAUGAUUGCUUUGUCUGUGAAGGUUCUUCCAGUUAGCUCAGUGGUCACUAUAAAUCCGCUUUGUUGCUCCCCUUUCCAUGGGGACUUUGAUGGUGAUUGCCUUCAUGGCUAUAUUCCUCAAUCAAUUGAUUCUCGAAUUGAGCUUACUGAGCUUGUUGCUUUAGAUAGACAGUUAACUAAUCAGCAGAGCGGUAGGAACCUACUAUCAUUUUGUCAGGAUAGUUUGAUUGCUGCUCAUUUGGUCUUGGAAGAUGGUGUUCUCUUGAGCCACUUGCAAAUGCAACAGCUGGAAAUGUUUUGUCCUUAUCGAUUGUUAUCACCAGCAAUCAUUAAAACUCCUUCGCGUAACGGUGGUGUUUGGACUGGCAAGCAGUUAUUCAGCAUGCUUCUGCCUCCAAAUUUUGGGUAUGUGUUUCCCUCUAAAGGUGUUGAGAUCAAAGAUGGAGAGAUUAUAUCUUCUGAAGGGUCUUCUUGGUUGCGUGACAAUGCUGGAAAUAUUUUUCAAAGUCUUAUCGACCAAUAUCCGGAUAACUUUCUUGACAUCUUAUAUGUUGCUCAGGAAGUUCUUUGUGAAUGGUUGUCAACAAGGGGUCUGAGUGUUUCGCUCUCAGAUUUGUAUUUGUCAUCUGACCCAUGCACCCACAACAUUAUGAUGGAUGAAAUUUUUUAUGGUUUACAGGAAGCAGAGCAUACUUGUAAUUUUAAACAACUGAUGCUGGAUUCUUGUAAGGAUUUCCUUAUUAAUGCUGAAGAUACUGAAAAUGUUUUGGGUUUUAAAUUGGAGGACAUGUGUUAUGAGAAGCAGAGAUCAGCUGCCCUUAGUCAAGCUUCUGUUGAUGCUUUUAAGCAAGUUUUUUGGGAUAUUCAAAAUUUAGCAUACAAGUAUGCAAGUAAGAAUAACUCAUUGCUGGCUAUGUUUAAGGCAGGAAGUAAGGGUAACUUGUUGAAGCUUGUCCAACAAAGCAUGUGUCUUGGCCUGCAGUAUUCACUGGCUCCAUUGCCAUUUAGAUUUCCCCAUGAGCUCUCAUGUGCUGCUUGGAACAGUUUAAAGGUUGAUGCUGCUACUGAAUGUGCCAAGUCUUACAUACCAUAUGCUGUGGUCAAAAGUUCUUUUUUGAAAGGCUUGAAUCCUCUGGAAUGCUUUGCUCAUUCUGUAACAAGUCGGGACAGUUCCUUUAGUGACAAUGCAGAUCUCCCUGGGACCUUGACCCGCAGGCUCAUGUUCUUCAUGCGUGAUUUAUGCACUGCGUAUGAUGGAACAGUCAGAAAUGCUUACGGGAAUCAAAUUGUUCAAUUUUCUUAUAAUAUUGAUGCAGACACAUCAACUCCAUCAAACGAGAUAGGUGGUCAACCUGUCGGUUCUCAAUCUGCUUGUGCAAUUUCUGAAGUUGCAUACAGUGCAUUAGAUCAACCAAUUAGUCUACUUGAAACUUCACCACUUCUAAAUCUAAAGAAUGUACUGGAAUGUGGUUCAAAGAAAAUCAAUGCGGACCAGACCAUGUCACUAUAUUUAUCAAAGAAACUGGGGAAAAGGAGGCAUGGUUUUGAACAUGGAGCCUUAGAAGUCAAGAACCAUUUGGAGUGUCUCCUCUUUUCAGAUAUUGUUUCAACGGUCUUGAUAAUCUACUCCCCUCAAACUUGCAGCAAGACGCAUUUCAGUCCUUGGAUUUGUCAUUUUCAUGUCUGCAAGGAAAUUUUAAAGAGGAGAAGACUGAAAAUACAUUCUAUUAUUGAUGCCCUGUAUAAGCACUAUAACUCUGGCAGAACACCAAAAGUCAGUCUUCCCAAUUUGCACAUUUCUAGCAAGGACUGUUCUUCAGUUAAUACUCAGAAGGAUGAUGAUGCAAUAUGCAUCUCUGUUAUGCUAGUUGAAAACUCCAAGAGAUCUUAUAUAGAAUUGGAGACGAUUCGAAACUUUAUGAUACCUUUUCUUCUGAAAACAGUUGUAAAAGGUUGCUUGGAGAUCAAGAAGGUGGAUAUCUUAUGGAAAGAUAGACAAAAAGCAUCAAAAACCCAUGGCAGUUUUUCUGGUGAACUCUACUUGAGGAUCUCUAUGUCUAGAGGCAGUGGUAAAACAAAUUUAUGGAGUGUUCUUAUGAAUGGCUGCCUCGAGAUUUUUGAUAUGAUUGAUUGGACAUGCAGUCAUCCAGAUAAUAUUCGUUGUUUCUGUUCGGUCUAUGGAAUUGGUGCCGGGAUAAAAUUUUUUCUCAAUAAUUUGGAGUCUGCAAUAUCUGACACUGGCAAGACUGUACUUCCUCAACAUUUGGUUCUUGCUGCAAAUACUCUGUCAGCCACAGGAGAGUUUGUUGGCUUAAAUGCAAAAGGCCUAGCACAACAAAGAGAACAUGCAUCUGUCUCUUCACCUUUUAUGCAAGCAAGCUUUUCUAAUCCUGGUGCUUGCUUCAUUAAAGCUGCAAAGGCAGGAGUCACAGAUAAUCUUCAGGGCAGUAUAGAUGCAUUAGCGUGGGGAAGAGUUCCUUCUAUUGGCACCCAUGGACAUUUUGAUGUUAUAUAUUCUGGGGAGGGACACAAGCUUGCAGAGCCUGUUGAUGUCUAUAGUCUCUUGGGUACCUCAUUCAGUUCAAAGCAGGAUAUAGAAUUUGAAUUACACAAUGCUCAGGGCCAUAUGUCUGACAAAUUUGGUGCUCAGCUUGCAUAUAUUGGUGCUGCAACAACUAAAGAAUAUAAGAUAUUGGAAACUAUUGUGAGAAGUUUCUUCACAGUGAAUGAUAUCCACAAACUCUCUCGUACAUUGAAGAAUAUACUGCACAAGUAUCCAAUUGAUCAUAGUUUGAAUGAAAGGGACCAACUUUACUUGAUGAGGGCUUUAUGUUUUCAUCCUCGAAGAGAAGAAAAGAUUGGAAAUGGGGCCGAGGAAAUAAAGGUUACAUGUCACCCUGAAUAUCAAGAUACACGGUGCUUUUCAUUGGUAAGAAAAGAUGGCACAACCGAGGACUUUUCUUAUCACAAGUGUAUUCAUGGUGCUCUUCAGAUGAUUGCUCCUGGGAGAGCUAGGAGCUAUCAAACAAAAUGGUUACAAAAUGCUACUGCAUAAUCUAGCUCCCUGUUCAUGAUUGAACGUGGUCCGGGGCAUUCUAAGUUUCUAACCAAGGUUGAUUUGUUGGAAAGCUGACUCAUUGUUUGUUGAUGAAAUUUGGUACUCUUGACAGUGGGAAUACACCAUCUGAGAAGGUUUCCGAAAUUGCUGUACAUUUUGAAUAGAAAGCAGGUCAAGAAGAGGGCUUCAUAAAGAGUAAGCCCUUGCCCUUUUGUUUUUUGUAGUGAAUAGUUUCCCUAGAAAACGGUUGGGGUUUCUCUUUCCCAUGCUUCUUUUUGCUACUUCUACUAGAACAUUUUCUGCCGUCCAUUAGAUUGAUGCAAAAAAGAAGUAGUGGAAGUAGCAAAGGAAAGCUCUGUAAAGGCCAAUCCCAUAUUCAUUAUGUAUCUACAAAUUGACAUUGU